UAUAGUAAGUAAGAUUAACGAUUGAUCGAUAAGUUAUCUAUAAUUGAUGAUAAAUGAAUCGAGUGGGAACUCGAUGCUCAACUAUCGUAUACAGUGUUCGUGAAGGUAUUCGAAGCUGCUCUAUAUUUUAUUUCCGAGAAAAAUGAAGAUGUCAUUUCAUAUCGGUGAAAACGAAGUUAUUUUGUUUGACGAAUGGCAUCCGGUUGAUUGGCAAGGUCUUGGAUGGUCGAUGGUUGGUGUCAUUCUCAUAGCAUCUAUAUACGAAGGGAUAAAAAAUUACCGUGAUCACUUGUACAUCAAUACAACACGUUUAUGGAAAAAUAAAGAAAUUAAUAACAGAGGAACAUUACUCUUUUCAAAGAUACAUUUUCUUCAAACGAUCAUUCAUGUCGUUCAACUGGUCAUAGGAUAUUGUCUUAUGUUGAUAUUCAUGACGUACAAUAUUUGGCUUUGCAUCGCAGUAGCAUUCGGCACGGCUCUCGGUUAUUGGCUGUUUUCUUGGGAUAAAUCGAACGGUGACAGCGAUGAUUGCUGCUUGUAAAUUUUACAUCGAACGCGUAUUUUAUCUCGAUAUUAUUUUGUCCUCUAAUAUAAAACACGUUGUAAUUGUAAAAAUUGUGAUAUUCUUAAUAAAUUUUUCAUACCAAUUUUUCCAUCA